CAAAAACCAUAUUUCCUGUGGAAUAACGCCCCCUCUGAAGCAUUUCUGAGUAUCUCUGAGGCAAAGAGGAGGUUCUGUACGGAGGUGAUACGUAUGGAAGGCCUAAGGCAGAAGCUGCAGAGACCAUCAGUGCUGCGCCGGGUUACCCAAACAGCUUCCAGACAACCACACGAACAUCCAGAAAAUAUUGCCGCUGUCUCAAUUUGCAAGGAGGAGGCCGAUGCUGUCCGUCUACCCCAAUUGUCUUCCCCACACAUCGGCUCCUCUUCAAAGCAAAGCCAUCUCCUCCUCCCCUUGAGGAGAGACGACCUAAAGCAGAGCUCCACCCGGGGAAGGCUUCAUCAUGGCAUCCCUGAGGAGACCAGCGCCCUGUUUGUCAGUGGCUUCUGUCGCUGGCCGGGCUGUGAUGUGAUGUUUGAAGAUUUCCCUUCCUUCUUAAAGCAUCUCCAUUCUGAACACAGUCAUGGGGACAAAAGCAUUGCGCAGUGGAAGGUCCAGCAAGAUAUUGUUCAGUGCAUGGAAAGUCAGCUCAUCCUGGAAAAACAGAAACUCAUUGCGAUGCAACUUCAUCUGCACCUAUCUGAACACAAACACACUGAUCUGGCAGCUUCUGAGUGGCCGUACAGUCUUCCUCUGUUCCUGCCCCAGCCUCAGGUAACGGAUGGAGACAGAGUGCAACAAUGGGGCAUCAAACAUCUGCAGGAGUUUUCCCAGCAUGGCUACAGCAUGGCUGCUGCUCCCGCACACAUUCUCCCAGAUUUGGUCCCCAGUAUUGAAUGUUACAAAUACAGCAACAUCAGGCCUCCAUACACCUACGCCUACCUGAUAAGAUGGUCCAUCCUGGAGUCUGUAGACAAGCAGCGCACUCUGAAUGAGAUUUACAACUGGUUCACCACCAUGUUCUUCUACUUCAGACACAACACUGCUACCUGGAAGAAUGCAGUGCGGCACAACCUCAGCCUGCACAAGUGUUUUGUGCGAGUGGAGGGAGGAAAGGGAGCCGUGUGGACGGUGGAUGAAACAGAGUACCAGAGGAGGAAGGGACAGAAGUACCACAGGGACUGUCCUGUUAAGUGGAUCACCUCCUACCCCCGGUACUGUCCAGAGGACCCCUGAACAUCAGCAGCUAGAACCACUGAGCGGUUCCUUGAGUCCGGGAGCGGGAUCCCCUUCAUGCAGGUGUACAGAACUGCAUGAACAACUGUUAAAAUUAUGUUUUUUGUUUUAAUACAUCUUUUAAAUGCCAACAAUUCUGUGGUGUUUGUUACAUCCAGAUGUUUUGUACAAAUACAUGACAGGAGUAAUGUUUCACUGAAUUUA